AUGCCCUUCUUGACUCCCCAAAAACCACCUGGUAUUGGUCCCCAAAACCUCAAGAAUGUCGACGAGCCAGCCAAAGACAGACAACCACCAUCGAUUGAUGAGGUCACAGUCGAGAGCAGGGUACCCGUUGUACGACUCGACGUCGACGCUAUAUCGGACGCAGUAGCUGCAAGGCUUGCAACCAGUCUGCUAGGUCACGUUUUGUAUCUAAAGAACCAGGUUCCAUUUCCUGUUGCGCAACUAGGACGGUUACCAGGAGGAAAUGCAAACACGCGUGCUGCGAAACAACGCGCCGAACUACUUGCCUCGUUCGAUACCCUUUCGUCGCACCUAGAUACGACGUUCACAGCCCUUUCCACGGCGUUCGCUCGCUGUCAGAGCUCCUCUUUAUCGUCAGACUCUGUUGCAAAAGGCUUGCCUAAGUCUGGAGUUGCUCGGGCUUACCUGGCGAUCCUUGUUGGACCAAGUCUGAGUACUCCCAAGUCGAAGGUGAUACUUACUGUUGAUGGGCUUGAUGCCCGUAUCUGGGGCCAGAGGGAAGAUAAUGGCAAACCAGAGGAAGAAGACGGUGAAGUCGAUGAGGAGGCCAACGACGAUGGCGACGAAGAUGAAGACGAUGACGAUGACCACGCUGACUCCGACGAUCAAGAAGAACCAGAAGACAGCGAUGACGAUGACGAAGAUGUUGGUGAACCCGACGGCGAUACCAACAGCGACGAAGAGGAAGACACACCUCCUUCUCCUCCACCAUAUAUUUCUCAUGCAGAAGAACAAAGAUUCCUGAACAGUGCCGACCGUCUGCUCUCUCGGACAUUGGCAGGCGCCGACGCUGAAAGUUACGGCUUAUCAGCAGAACUAUCACCAACGCAGACUCACAUCCUCAUUCGCGCGCCACGGCGGUUCGCCCACCCUGCAUGGAUACCCCGCCAGAACGCCUCCAACUCGCUAGAGGCGGUCCUACAUGAAUUCCUCGACGAAUCUCUCCAGCGAAAGGACACUGACGCUAUCUCCAACCAGAAAUCUAGAUCAAUGAAACAAAAGAAAGGCAAACCAGAAGGUGUUUGGUUGACAUGCCGUGACGGGAUAAACCCGGACUUGACCCUCCUUCAAGAUGCUCUAGAGCAGGGCUCAAACAUCGCUGAAGACGAUGAAAUGAUCUGGUGGAGUUGGGACGGAAAACUUGUCGGGUUUUCCGAUUGGUGA